AUGGAAGUCGCCGUCGCGUCUCUCGAGCGCUCUGUACGCGCUCUGUUCACGCCCAGCACCGCCACAAACAGCGCUCCUGCUCACGCACUAUGCGAGUGCGCCCUCGAGCAAGUGCCGCCUCCUGACUGGCAGUACCUGCGUCGGUUUCCCGUCCUCAAGCGCCACGUCUUGCGUGAGUUUCGAUCCGUAGCCACUGAAGUCGCGAAAAUGCCCCCAACGCCUCGCAAACGAGCGAAACGAAGCACGUGGCAGCAACGCAGUGAUCUGGACGAGUACAAAGCCGUUUGUUUGGCUUCUUUGUGCCAGAAACUGGCGCAAUGCGAACUCUUUACACGCGACGAAGGCGAAGUUCUGGACGCUGUCGUAGCGCUCGAGUCGCUCGCUGUUCUGCAGCGCGUUAUUGGCGGAAAACUGCUGCCGCUACGAGUUCGGAUGUUGCUGCUCGGGUGGGCAUUGCGGUGCCAAGAGAAGACGUGUCGAGAGACGGCAGUGCAGCAGUGGAUCCAGCAAGUCGGUGAGAAGCUACUGGAAGAACUUAUAGAGAUCUCUGCGUCGAAUGAAUCGAGUCAAGUGCUCUCGGUGAAGCGAGUGAGAACGAGAGCAGCAUGUGGCAAACAAGUGGUCGAGAGACGGGAAAGUGUCAGGGACGAUACGUCCUCCUGUCGCUUUUGUCGGGACGGCGCGAGCGCGGACAUCUUGUGGUCAAAAUGCGGUAGCGGCGAGUUGCUCAUUGCGUGUGCGCAGCGGACCGCUCGUGUGCUGGAAAAGGCUGGAGAGAGCUACGCGACGAACAAGGCGAUGAUGGCGUUGUCUGCGUUCUGGGACUUGCGACCGGCUGCUCGGUUGAUCUCAGGUGGGAGGACGAGUCGAAGACGAAAGCAUUCAGAGAUAUCGUCAGUGAUGACUGAACAGCCUAUCGAGCCAUCAAUGACUAUCUCGGCGUAUCGGGAAAUUGGCAAAGCUGCUGCACGGUCGGCAGCGAGUGCGACAUGUGCUUUUCAGACGAUGUGGACGAGCGUUUGGGAGCGCGAGUGUAAGCACAUGACACAGAUGGAGCACAUCACGCUGGUCGAUGCCGUCCGUCACUGCUCGAAGGUAGAUGAGUUUGCGAGUAUGGUUAUGCUUCCUGAGGCAAGGAUGCGAAUUACUCAUUUCCCCGGGUUCCUCGUUGUGCUGGAUGUAAUAGAGUCACUAUCGAUCGACAUGUCUACGAUCAUCAGCGCAUUUGCGAUUGUGUGGGACAGCACCUAUGCUGGAGCUUUUCUACGAUCAACUACCCUCACAAGAACUUCAACGUCGCCGUCAAGGCGCAUUUUGCGGUCGUAUCUGCGCGAGUUGUUGAAGUCUCGAGGCUUACGACAUAGAGCGAUUUCAUCAUCCUCGAACACGUCUUCUGCGUGGAGUAGAACAUCUCCGCUGGGGCUUCUCUUUUCACUGUUUGAGAUUUUCUCGGAAGUUGAGCCUGGCGAGCAGCAAGACAGCAGCUACUUCAGGCAGUGGGAUGCUUUUGUGAGUCAAGCUAGUACAGAAGUCUCGAGAACGGAUUGUACACAAGGUGGUAUCGCUUGGUGCAUGUUUCUCGAAGAGUGUGUGCUCAGUGUUGGCGCGAAAAAAACAUUGACAACCUCGCAUCGUGAUAUGGACUUCUUGAGGUCAUUCCAGAGGUACUGCCAUACAAUCAUGCAUGGAAUCGUUGUGACUGGAGGCGAGGUGAUAUCAAGCGGCGGCUCGAUUUAUCGGCAGCUUAUCCGGGGUGAGGGGGAUCGUCUAGUUGUACGCCGAGUACUCGUGCGGAUGAUGAUCACUUUCGAGGAAACCUGGACCAUCGAUCUCAUCGCUCUCUUGCUGCGAAGUAGUGCAAGCUUCCAUAUUUCCAGCAAGAUGGAUGAACGAGGUAUGAUACACCUGCUUUUUCCAGCCCUGGCUUCAUUCAUGAAAUCAACCUGUGGAGCCAACGUGAAUGAACGAAAGACGAGGCAGCAGCAAUUUGCUGCUAUCGUGAACUCUAUCAAUGUCGUCUUGAAGGACAGCGAGCCAACAGCGUCGUAUCUUGUUCAGUUGAUGCGGUUUUGCGAGGCGUGGGAUGUCUACCAGAGCUCGCACACCAAGGAAGCACCCAGUAAAGCCAACAGAUGGGGUUUCCAUGCCAUGGUCGAGCUGGACGUCGUGGCAGAGCUUCUCGAGUGUUACAGCAAAGACGAUGUGAUACAUCAAGAAACACGAGGAGCGCUUGACUUUGCGUCGGAGGUGCUACAAAGCGCACCGCAUUGUCCGCCAUCGCUUGAAGGGGGGCUUUGGAGAUUCCUGUCAGCUGUCAAAGCGCGUACUGAAGAGGGCUUGUCAACCACGUCGGAUCUGCUUGACCGAGAGCUUGUAUCGCAUUCGAGCAAUGUGCUCCAACGUUUCCUUCGUGCGGUCAGGUUUGCUGACGUUGCACAAACGCGUCAGCUCAUGAGUCAGAUGAAAGACACCGUGGGAACAUUCGGAGAGUUGAGGCAACAACUGGAGCGCUGGUUUUCGUUUGUCGAAGUGAAUGGCGCAGCUUUUGCUGCCAAAGAAUCUCGGCUGGAGCUCUCUGUCCUAUGUACCAGACUCAUCCGCUGGUUUCCAAACGAGUUUGAAGACAUGCGCUUCUUGCUCAUGACUCCGCUCGAUCCUCACCUGGUCUUCACGUUGAAAGCAUUUGUCAAAGAAGCUGGGAAGCUGAACGGCAAGACGCAUCGGUCGAAACUGAGCUCUGCAGCAACGUCUUUGUCGACAUUGGCCGUUCGAAUUGAAAUGGCGUUGCAUUCGUAUCUCUCCGCGGCAGCGCUUCCCGACCUCGAAACACUUUCUGUCUUGCUGGUCAAGGCGGUUGUCAAAUGUCGUUCGCCUGAUGCAUUCGAUGACCUGACGAAGGUCAUCCAGAAGAACAGCCGUGUGCUGUUGCCUGAGACUGCAGUAGCGACACUGAGCUCCCCACUGCGGGGAUUGGAAUUCUCGAACUGUGCCAUCCAGCAAAACGAAGACAAUGACGACGGACGAAUGGCACUUCGUGCGCAGCGAGCCAAGUCGAUCAUUUAUCAAGAAAACACGCUGAAGCUCUUGGCGAGGUCGGCAUCGAUCUUUGAUGGCGGACUGUCGUGGUCAAGCGCAUUGUUCAAUGUGCAGUCUGCUGUCACGUACCUCCCAAUUCUGUUCGACUAUGUGUUGCAGACUGGCUUUUGUGACGGCGCGCUCCAAGCUGACUUGCUCCUCACGUGUCUGAACGAGCUAAGGCAACAAGCCGACGGUGGUGCGAGAGUGCUUCGGGAGGCCUAUUGGAUCGCAGCAGUACUACAUACAGCUUUGAUGUCGGGUUCGAGGCGGAUUGCGGGUGCAUACGCGAUUUCGAACAACGAUGUUCUCGACAGGUUGCGUACAACCACUGGAGAUGUGCUGCAGCUACUAUCAAUUGCUGCCAACACGACUGCGGCACCGACGGGUUGUAACAUCGACGGUGCUACUACUCAACUUGACGAGGUGCUGUGUCUGCUAAAGCUCUCGAAGGUGGCAAGAUUGGCUAUUGCAGACAAUCGCGCAAGCUGCUACUGGUCUUGCGAGCGCCUGAUCAGUGACAAAGCGCAUCGUGCAUUGCAGACUGUUGUGUCAUCAGCUUGGACUGCUGCAACAAAUCGAGCACAAGACAUGGCGGUCAUGCCCGCAAUGCAGCUCUUUGUACCGUUCGCAAGCUGGUUGACAGCAGCGCUGGUUUAUUCGCAGUCGUUCUUGGAGGAUCCGUCUGCCCACGUAAGGCGUUGGGAACGCACGUUUACUGGCUACGUGACGGAUCUGUACCUGCAUCUCGAAUUCGAAGAUGUCACUGGCGACCUGCUCGAAACGUGGCUAACUACGUGGAUCACUGCCAACAUCGUUCGCGGACAAGAUGAGGUACCGCUUCUGGCACUGCUGCCUUCACAAGUAGCCUUGUUCCGUCGCCUAGCGUCGACUCCGUACCGCGAGAUACCACCCGGUGAACGAAACAGGACCGCAACAUCGAUUUGGCGACUGGUGUUCGCCGCUCUCAACGUCGCUGUAGACACGCGUGAAGAACAACACCCAGUGGAACUCGGUCAAGCUGUGGAGCUCAUUCUCCAUACACUAACGACGCUGGAGCUUGUCGAGCUGUCUGCGUCUUCGGAUUUCGUGCACUGUAGUCACGAAGCGACUGUCGAGCCGUUUUUCCAAGAGCUCGAGAGGUUCCUAUUGCAACUCCAUCGCCGAGUCGGCAGUGUCGCUCAAGUGUGUUGUCUGCUACAAUACCCCCUCGAGCUCCUGGUGUGCUGCUACGUUUGCAACAUGGCAGUCCAUUGCAACGCUGAGUCCCAGCGAUUUCUCCAGCGUGUGAGGGACCUGUUGCAAGCAAACGUGGAGAACAUCGGCGACGUUCUCGAGUCCAUCGACGACGACAGAAAACUGUCGACCGUGCGAGACCCGUCACGUCAAAGCGACAGCGAUAAGGAACACGGAGAAAGCCAGUCACAGUUGUCUGCAACGUCACAGUCGGCUGACAUUGAAGCGUUUUUCCACUUGUGGGCGGAUGAAAUGGCUCUCAAGUACGACUACGUGGAUCAAGAGCGCUGCAAGGCUAUGAUUGAGGUCAUUCAAGCAGCACUGCACGUGUCUGAACAUGCUCCGAAUCGGAAAACCGUCAGCGUGGAAACGGGUCCACGUGACGGAUAA